AUGGUGUAUCAGAUCUUGGCUCAGGGUCCGACUCGGGCGGUAGUGGUGGCUGAGAGGGGCGUGGCCGACCUGCCCUGUAACCUGACCUCUCCACUCUCCGCUGACCCAGCCCUUCUCGUCCUCUGGUACAAACAAGGGGUCACCAAGCCCAUCUACAGUUACGACUUGAGAGAGGGUCUUGCUUCACACUGGAGGAGCCCGCACCAUCUAGGCACCCGCGCUGUCUUCCACGCUUCCACCCAUGUCCCUUUCCACGCCUCACCCACUGCUUCCCCAAACGCCAACUACGACACCUCCACCCUCAGCCACGCCUCUUAUCUCAGGAUCCGAGGGGUCUUGGGUAGAGACCGGGGCACCUACAAGUGCAGGGUCGACUUCCGUGCCAACCCCACACUCACGUUCACCACCAACCUCACCGUCAUGGUUCCACCACGACGCCUGUCUGUUUAUACUGAUGAAGGCGUCCUGGUGCACCAGGUGGUGGGGCCCUUCAAGGAGGGCGACACUCUCCGACUCAGCUGCCGCGCCUCAGGAGGGUCACCGCUUCCCCGGAUCACCUGGUGGGAUGGGUCGAACCUCCUGGACCUGACCUCGGAGAUACAAGAGGGCGGGGAGGUGAGGAGUAUGUUAGUGGUGCCGACCCUCACCCGGGGAGACCUGCAGCGUGUGUUUACCUGUCGCGCCGUGAACUCCAACCUCACCCAGCCCCUUGUAACAUCCGUCACCCUCGACAUGCACCUGCCGCCGCUGUGGGUGCGUCUCCUGAGUAGCCGCGAGGCCCUGAGUGCCGGGUGGCCUUACAGCGUGGUGUGCCAGGCGGCGGGUUCCAGACCCCCCGCUGUAUUCACCUGGCACCUCCGACACACCACCCUCACCACCCACACCGAGCAGUGGAGUGACGGAGACAACGUGACGACGAGUGAGCUGGUGUGGACGCCCACGCUGGAAGACAACUCUGCAGUGUUGAGGUGUGAGGCGGCCUCUCCAGCCAUCCCAUCCUUCACGCUACACGACCAAUGGACCCUCCUUAUAUACUACGUGCCGGUGGUGACGCUGGCCCCUGGACCAUCAAUCGACCUGGAUAACAUCAAGGAGGGAGUCGACGUGUACUUUGAGUGUAGUAUCACCUCUAACCCGCGGGUCUACAAUGUCUUCUGGCUACAUGAGGGGGAGGAGCUGCGUCACAACGUGUCAGCAGGAGUGAUCAUUGGUAACCAUAUACUGGUGCUGCAGAAGGUGGACAAGACAGCGUCAGGCAAUUACCACUGCGUUGCCUCCAACAUCCAGGGAGACGGCCACUCCAACCCACUGCGGCUGAGAGUCAAAUACGCGCCAGUGUGUCGUCAGCCUCGGACGUUGUACCACGGAGCCGCUAGGUUCGAGCUGGUCAACCUCCCCUGUCACGUGGACGCCUACCCGGACCCUCACUCCUUCCGCUGGACCUUCAACAACAGCGGCGAGAGUGUGGAAAUUCCUCAGGAACACAUCAGGGUGACGGAGUCUAUGUCGACGGUGAGUUACGCGCCCAACACUGAGCUGGACUACGGUACCUUGCUGUGUUGGGGGGUGAACGCCGUGGGCCUCCAGCACCAUCCCUGUGUCUUUCACGUGUUCCCUGCAGACCACCCUGACCCCGUGCACAACUGCUCGGUGAACAACGUGUCGACGACGUGGGUGAGCAUACAAUGUGUGGCGGGAUUCGACGGCGGGCUACCUCAAACUUUUGUACUGGAGCUGUACGAUAUUGGCCACGACCGUCUGCUGGCUAACACUACCAACACGGUGCCAGUGUUCUUGGUGGUGGGGUUGGUGGCGGGAGUGACGAUGGAGGGCGUCGUGUACUCCUACAACAACAAGGGCCGGAGUGAGGAAGUCCCCAUCAGCGCCUCCACCACGAAGGACCUGCCAGAGAGGCGCAUGGCGGCAGUAAAGCCAUCACCAACAGUGGGGGAGGGGAUAGAGGUGGCACUAGUGAAGCCUGUGACAGCGGUGAUGGUGGGCGUGGCGGGCGGCCUCCUGCUGGUUCUCCUCAUCGUCUGCGUCGUGGUCAGGCGUGGGCGUCAUGUUGCUCAUGGGGACGACCGAGUAAAAGAUAAGGGCCUCUCCGUCUGUAUCACCCAGGUGGAGGACACCAGGCUGCAGGGCCUCGCCUCCAACACCACCCACGAGGACAACCCUGACGUCAUACCUCAGUUAGACUCGACCUUGUUGAACGGGAAACGAGUCACCACCAUCAGCUCGGCCUCCCUGGUCUCCACCUACGACGUUCUCCCAGGCUACCAGCCAGUUGGUGGCGGGGAUAUGCAACAAACCGCUCUGCUACAGAGGGGCGCCACCACCACACCCAAGCUUGAAUACCUCGACCCUCAGCAACACACUCACACCCGCCUCUGCUACCCCACGUACUCUCACACAGACGCACGUAACAUGCAUAAAUCUAAGAGGACUCACAGAAAAAAACAACAGGAGUUACAUCAGCAACAUGACGCAUUGACGACCUCCCCGGGAGCCAUACGGCAAGACCAUGCCUCUUGGACGUCUACUUCAGCAACCACCGGACAAAAACAAGCCUCUUGGACGCCCUCUUCAGGAGCAACAGGACAAGAAUAUUCCCACAGGCCACCCACUCCAGCACAACGUCGCUCUCUGAGGCGCGAUCAUCAUAUCCGUGACCCCGAGUCCGGCGUUGCUCUCAUGACUAACAAGAAGGAGAGCGUCGUGUAAAUUCAUGCUAUGGGGACUAAGACCUUUUAGUGAUUUAUUCAAACACUUCAAACUAUAAGUUGACUCGUAAUUCCAUCACAGUAACACAAAGGCAAUAUAUUUCUAGUAACUAUAUUAAUAUCGUUUGGCGGUAUAAAUAUUAUCACAGAACAGUAGAUAAAGACUUACUACCACAAAUAUCAAGUACAGGUUUUGAAAGAAAAUUAAAUUUCCCCAAAACGCUGAAUUCUGAUGACGUGAAUACAGAGUACCCAGCAGAUAAUACUGCCUUCACACCUUCUUAAUCGCCAGCAUAAACAUGUAAAAUAAAACACCACCAAGAAACAGACGUGUUGCAUCGGUUUUCAACACGUCGAAGCUGUUACGCGGAUCUGACAUUCCCUUCACGUCGUCAUUCAACCCCUUUGAAACCGUUUGAUAGUGUAAUGCAGCUUUACCUUUACACCGGGAACUCUGUUUGUCUGGAGUUUACUUGUUUCAUACGAAUAAACACCAGGUGUAGAAGGACCUUCUUAUAGAUAACAGAAGAUUCGCACUCCCAAAAUUCGGCACAGCUUGUACUGUAAUAUCCAAAAAUUACAGACGACUCAUCGGUGGGAAAAAAUAUUUUCCAUCGAACAGGAAACAGCAAAGUUGCCGUGGAUCGCCUCUAACGAGCAGACACAACACCUCCGACGGUCAAACUCUUCUAGGUGUAUGGAUAGCAGGCUGCAGCUGCCUGAGUUUGGGACACACCUGUAGAUGCUGUGAGAGACCAGUAAUUUAGGACACACCUGUUGAUGCUGAGAGAGACCAGUGCAGCAGUAUGGGACACACUUGUUGUAAGGACCGCUAACUAUGCCUCAAUUAACUAUUUCAUCUACAUCCUUCAAGUAUCACGUGUCUUAGGAGAUGGGUUUACAAAUUAAUAAUUCAUUUAUACUUCGAGGAUGGGAGGACAGUUACUCCAUGAAGCUAAGGUGUCAUCUGCAGGUACUACUAAUAUAUUAUUUACAGAUCCAGGAAUAAUUAGGUACAGUCACCCAAAAAAGUCCUGUCGCGAACCACGAACCCCGAGAUUCAGACUCGUGAAC